AUUUCUUUACGAGAACUUGGCCUUGGGAUGUUUUGGCUACUCAGGUUCCAUUUUAAAGUCUCAUCUGACUGUGAGAUUGAUGCGUAUACAGAUAGACACAGGCAGUCUGCCAAACAUAACAACACGGUAAUUUAUGCUAUACCACCACAGGGGGGCACACCCGUCCACGUUAAUGCAGUUCAUCAUACAAACCAAAAGACUUUUUCUACAUUACAGUUCACAGACCAGACUUAUCUAUAGCUGCAAACACAAGGGCAGGUCCUAAAUGCUCGGACAAAACUCCAGGUACAGGCGAUGCAUUGAAAUAUCACCUUGCAGGGCUGCACAGUGGAACAAGCAGCCUUUUGUGAAAUGCAAACUCAGCCAACUUGCUACCUGAAGGCAUUGUGGGUUGUCAACUAUGUAGUGCAGGCUGUUUAACUAUUUGAAGCAUUCCCACAGAGCACACCAGACGGAGCUGAUCAGAAUGAGAGCUGUUGCUCUACUCCUCUUGGUUGCCUUUGCAGCCCUAUCAGACGCCCACGGUAGAAACCGUUCAAAGAGGGAGCUUUUGCUGCGAUCCAAAAGAAGGUGGGUGUUGUCCACCAUUGAACUAACAGAGGAAGAUCCUGGUCCGUAUCCUAAAACCAUUUCACAGAUGUUUAAUGACAAGACAGACAAGGAUAGAAACGACCAUGAGUAUGUAUUAAGUGGAACGGGUGUGAAUGUGGAACCAAUGGGAGUGUUCCACAUUAACAAAGACACAGGAGAAGUCUAUGUCCUCAGACCAGUUGACCGAGAGAAAACCCCUUUCUUCCAUAUCAAGUUUGAUAUUUUGAACAAAAAUACCGGACAACCAAUUGACAGACAACUGUCUUUUGACGUAGAAAUAAAGGACAUCAACGACAACGCACCAAACUUUAAUAAACCUCGAAUUACAGAAAAUAUAAAGGAAAAUACACCAGAGGGCACCUUACCAGUGCGUCUAGAGGCCAGCGAUAUGGACCAGAUGAACACACUUAAUUCCAAUAUAACCUUCAGGGUGGUUUCACAGAAACCAAGUGAGCCGAAGAUUACUUUGACACAGAUUGACAGCAGGAUGGCCCAUCUCCAAUUAAUCGGAUGUUUUGAUUACGAUAAAGUUAAAACACUGGACGUUAUUGUCGAGGCUAGAGAUCAUGGAACACCGUCACUUUCCUCUACCGCUGUUGUUACUAUCAAUGUAGUCGACACAAACACCCAUCCACCUGUGUUCAAGAGCAACAAGUACGAAGGGAAGGUGGAAGAAGCCACUAAACAAAGAGGUAUCUUAAAAUUAGAGGUGGAGGACAAAGACACACCACAGACUCCAGGCUGGCGCGCCAAGUAUACCAUCGUUAAAGGAAACGAAGGAGGACUUUUUGAAAUAGAAACUGACCCCAACACAAAUGAAGGCAUUCUAAAUGUCAUCAAGGAGAGUGACUUUGAGAGAACUGAAUUACUCACCUUGGAAAUAAGCGUGGAGAACGAGGAACCACUGUUUGUCUGUAAAGCUGCUUCAGCUGGUGAUGUCAAAGUUCCACCUCCGGCUUCAGUUAAAGUCACAGUAGAAAUUGUUGAUAUUAAUGAUCCACCUUAUUUUGAUAAACCUACCAAUGAUGUGUACCAGAAGGAGGAAGAAGAGCCAGGAAAGGUGCUGUUUACACCAAAUGUCAAAGAUGAUGACUCUGAUAUCAACAACAUACGAUAUAAGCUUUUGUAUGAUCCUGCCAAAUGGAUGGAAAUUGAUAAAAAGACAGGACAAAUCAAAACAGUUAAGAAAAUGGACAGAGAGUCGCCUUUUGUCAAGGAUGGGAUCUACAACAUCACCAUCGGUGCCAUCGAUGAUGGUAAUCCUCCAGCUACCGGUACAUGCACUGUGCUGAUCCACCUCAGAGAUAUCAACGACAACACCCCUAAACUGGUCAACAACAACGUCAUACUGUGUGGAAACAAGGAAGAGAUGGUAAUGAUAGCUGCCCAGGACUCAGAUGUCCAUCCUUACAGUGGACCCUUCACUUUCUCACUGAGAGAUACUGAUGGAACUCUAAAGCAGCGCUGGAAAAUAAAGCCCGAUGUUGGUCAGGAAGGAGGCCUUAUUAGCCUAAGGACACUUCCUUAUGGCAACUACUCUGUGCCACUUUUGAUUCAAGACCAACAAAGCAUUGGUGGAAACAACACAGUGGUAGUGACAAUCUGUGACUGUGGAAAGUCAACCGUUUGUCUUAGCCCAGAGCCAUUCACAGCCAGUGCUGGAUCAUCUUCCAUUGGAGCCAUUUUUGCAGCCUUGCUCUUAUUUUUGUUACUUCUUCUUGCCGUGAUUUGCAAGUGUGGGAAUAAUUCAUUGAAUCACAUUCCCAUAGUACAAGAUGAGGGCAACCAGACUCUCAUCAAAUACAACCAAGAGGGAGGGGGUGCUGAAUGCAUGACUAAACCUUCUCUUCUCCUGACAUCUACAAAUGGUGGGACGACAAGAGAUGGCAGAAAACAAGUCUCUCAAACAGAUGCACUGAUAAAAGAUGUCAAUGACAAAUACAAGGCAGACCUCUACACGCUACAAAAUCAAUCGUCCAUGGGCACAUUGGGAAUGCAUCAAAGAGAUGCCUGUCAAAUCUAUAGAGGACAAAACAUGUAUCCCGUAAUUCCUACAAAACAAUUGGUAUGCAACACAUACCAGAACAACAGCUUACGGUACCAGCGCUCCAUCAACCUGCAGUCGCAACAGCACAUUGCAGACCACAUUGGCAAGAGACUGCAGGUGAUCAAUGGAAACCAUGAAAACUGCCCUACGUACCAACCCCACCAGUAUGCCUAUGAGGGACAAGGCAGCAGUUGUCAGACACUGGACAAGAUUUCAGUUAGUAACCUGGGAGAUGAUUUUCAGUUUCUAAAUGACCUGGGACCAAAGUUUAAGACCUUGGGCAAUAUCUGCCAUGAGGCUGUUAAAGAGAAAAACAUCAAGCUGUGAAGAGCAGAAGGGUCGGACUAAAAUAACAAUAUCUGCUUUGUUAUUGUGAACAUUGUCCAACUCAUUAUCUUUGCUUGAAUGUUAGAAAUAAUUUGGAUUAUUAAUUGGAAAGUUGUUGUUACUAAAAUCCAUCUGUUUAUAUGGAGAAAUAUCAGCAUGGCUGCUUCAUGCAUCAACGAUUUUAGGAGCCUUGAAGUGUAAAACAUUGGAAACUAGCAAAGUCAGCACUCGCUUUUAAAGAGAGACGCAGUUUUAACCUGAUUUGUAUUGUUGUGUGAUAAUAGUUCCAUUGAGGUCUCAGGAUAUACAGCAGAAGUAAAGCUAGCUAUAACCUGAGGAAAGGCUGUUUAACUAAACCAUACUGGAGACACAGGGUAAUAACAACAUAAAAACAAAUGAAAAAAUAAAUAAAGGUAUUUUAAAGUUUCCUCAAGUUCCCUUUGCGGAAACUCAUAGUUAAACAUGAAGGCAUAGCCUCACGUCGACAUGUUUCAAUGGCAACAACUGAUUAAUGAACCCAGAAGAGCUGUUAGAGCAGGCGAGUGAGUAGGAAUAAAACAAUUAAAUGGUACAAAAAGGGGAAAAGUCUGCAAAUACGUUGUGUCUAACAAAUGUUUCACUGCACUGGGAUGUAAUAUUUUGUACAAAGUCUGCACUUUGUUUGUUUCAACAUGGCCUUAAUAUCAAAACACUGUUGUGUUCUCAUGGUUUGUAUCAGUUACUGGGUGUUGAGUUGUGUUGUUUGGUUUUGUUUACUAAAGUCAGUGAGUAUUAUUUUGUGCUUCUAGAGGCUUUGAAGGAGAACAGUAUUAAUUUCAUGUUUAACACCAGAAGCUAUGCCAGGUGACUUCAGCACUUCAACUGCCUAAAAAAUAUAAACAAUAUUUUAUUUUUAUUUUUGCAAAGUUGACUUUUGGGCCAAUGUAUCUUGGUCGACUGGUGAAUUAUUUGUCUCAGUUUCUAGAGUUGUAUAAUCGAAAUAAAGGUGUCUUGUUUUUCAGCAGAUGGAUGGGGUGGCAGAUUAGAUAUUAAAGACCUGUUUGUA